AUGACUACUCGUCUCUCUUUGGCUUUGACAGCCAUCCAGAUAGCCCUCAUCGCUAUAUACUUUCAGCAGCCACUGGCCGAGUUCCUCAAUCCACGUCCAACUGUCAUUGACUCCAAGCGGGGUAUCACAUACAUCGGCAGCCGGUCCUCUCAUGGUGCCGUCGAGCAUUUCCAAAAUAUUUUCUACGCAGAGGAACCGACAGGCCCUCGGCGUUUCGCGCCGCCUGUCCCGACAAAUCCACAAAGAGGCUCCGUUAUUGAUGCUACACAGUCCGGCGCCUGGUGUCCGCAAGGAACUGGGGACAUACUGCCGUUCACGAGUCGAGUUACGAAUAUCAGUGAGAACUGUCUCAGCCUGAGGAUUGCGAAGCCGACGGGGACUAGAGGGGAUGCGAAACUGCCGGUUAUCGUGUGGAUUCAUGGAGGUGGACAUAUCCUAAACUCGGCUUCUGAUAUACUGUAUGAGCCAGAUGGCUUGGUGAAGCACGCUCUUGCGAAAGGGCGGCCCGUGAUAUAUGUUGGAAUUAAUUACCGACUUGGCCUCUUUGGUUUCGCAACUAGUACGACGCUCAUCGAGAGGAAGGAGACGAAUGUAGGGCUUCGCGAUCAGCGCGCUGGCUUGCAUUGGAUUCGCGAUAACAUUGAGGCUUUCGGCGGUAACCCUAACCAAGUAACUGUCAUUGGACAAAGUGUGGGAGCUGCUGAUAUCGGACUCCAACUAGUUGCAUACGGGGGAGAAGAGCAGGUUCCGUUUCAGCAAGCACUGAUGAUGUCCGGGGCCAUUGGGACAAUCUUCAACACCCAGCCAGAUCUAGUCGCCAGUAAUACCGCUGCCAUAGCACAACAGGUGGGAUGCGUUACUCAAGACGGCCACAGCCAAAACUUGCAAACACUAGAAUGCCUCCGCAAGAUUUCUUUUGAGACUCUAACCAAUCUUUCCGUAGCUGCAGCCCGUGCAGCCCGUCCACUAUUCGGCGAAGGGUUCUUCUACCCGACGAUCGACAACGAUUUCAUCCAAGAUCGACCAUCGCAGCUGAUACGCGCCGGCAAGCUCACCAAAGGUAUCCCCGUUAUAGCAUCCUGGGUAACCAACGAUGGUGCCUGGUACGCUCCAUCCUCAACGUCAACGGACGAAGAAGUAUUGGGUACUUUUGGCCUGUGGCUCCAGAACCUGUCCGAGUCCACGAACAAGAAGCUCCUAGAGCUAUACCCUCAAGAAGACUUUACGCAUAUGGUCAGACCCAAGAUCGAUGGUCCGACAUCGCCGCAGUAUUACCGUGCCGCUCAAAUGAGUCGUGAUAUCUGGUUUACGUGCCCAGUACUAGAUUUUACGUGGCAGUACGUCCAGCAUGGGGGCGUGAAGCCAUCACACGUACGAUUAUACGAGUUCAACCAGACGCGGUACGCCCCUGUUUUCGAAGAAAUGGGCGUCCCAAUGUGGCGUGUUUCGCAUCUCAGUGACAUACCCUACCUAUUCAACAUUGACCACCUAGGAGGUGGUGCUGAUAAUUCGGAGGUGCACCGUGCUCUGGCUGAAGACUUCAGUUCGAGAAUUAUUCAAUAUGCGUAUGGCGCCUUACCUGGGGUAGAAAACAGUGAUGGUGAGCCAGGGUUCUGGCCGCCUGCUUACUCAGACGAUAUGCCAGAGCAGAGCCAUAUAUCGGUACCAAGUCAAGGCCCUAAGAGCAUGUCGAUCCAAUUGUUUGGUGGUCCGUAUGGAUCGGGACCAGUGUCGGUAUUCAAGGACGCAGAAAGAUAUUUUGAGGCGUCAGGAGAGGCAGCGAAUGCACUUUACUGGGAGAAACUGUAUAGUCGGUGUGAAUUCAUCAAUGGGGAGCAGUUUAGGGCUGAGGCUGGGGUUUAA